AUGUUUCUCUCACUCUUCGUCUCAUCGCUGGCCAUCCUCUUUGCUGUACCGACGGCCAGCGCAAAAGAUGUGCAUUUCGACUGGAAUAUUACGUGGACGACUGCAAAUCCCGAUGGAUUACAAGCGCGUCCUGUAAUCGGCAUCAACAACCAAUGGCCCCUCCCAGUGAUCAACGUCACAAAAGGCGACAGAAUCAUCGCAAAGGUGACGAAUCAAUUGGGGAACCAGUCAACUACCAUCCACUGGCAUGGCAUGUAUCAAAAUGGAACGAAUUUCAUGGAUGGACCUGCUAUGGUGACACAAUGCAACAUCCCUACCGACGCUUCCAUCACAUACAACUUUACGGUUGACCAAGUUGGCACUUACUGGUAUCAUUCUCACACAAGAUCACAAUACCCAGACGGUCUGCGCCAAGCCCUCAUCAUCCAAGAUCCCAAGAAUCCAUAUGAGGGUGAGUAUCACGAAGAGCGCGUUAUCACGCUCUCAGAUUGGUAUCACGACGAAAUGCCUGUUCUCAUGAAACAAUUCGUCUCGUACAAGAACCCCACCGGUGCCGAGCCCGUUCCAAACUCAGCACUCAUGAACGACACGCAGAACAUGACUCUUCCUGUUGAGCCUGGCAAAACCUAUCUUCUUCGCUUGGUAAAUGUCGGCGCUUUUGCGUCGCAGUACUUCUGGAUCGAAGGGCAUACUAUGAAGAUCGUUGAGGUUGAUGGCGUCUGGACGAAGCCUGCCGAGACAGACAUGAUUUACAUCGCUAGUGCGCAACGAUAUGCUGUUUUGGUUACGAUGAAGAAUGAGACUGGGGCGAAUUACCCCAUGAUGGCCAGUAUGGAUACGUCUUUGUUCGACACUAUUCCUGAUGGCCUGAACUGGAAUGUUACAGGCUGGCUCGAGUACGAUACCGACAAGAAGCUUCCCGCAGCUGCCGUCUUGAAUGAUUUUGAGCCUUACGAUGACUUCAAACUUGUCCCCACAGACGGUGAGAAGUUGUUAGAAAAGGCCGAUCAUACCAUCAGUUUGGAUCUGACGAUGAACAACCUCGGCGACGGCGCGAACUAUGCCUUCUUCAACGAUAUUUCCUACGUGUCCCCCAAGGUCCCAACGUUAUAUACUGUACUCUCCGCAGAUGAAAACGCAACUAAUCCAACCGUUUAUGGAACCGACACAAAUUCCUUCGUCCUCAAACACGGCGAGAUUGUGGAAAUCAUUCUCAACAACGAUGACUCCGGACGACAUCCCUUUCAUCUCCACGGUCAAAACUUCCAAGUUGUUCAUCGCAGCGAAGAAAACGCAGGCCACUACAACGCAUCGUGGACGAAUAUCACAUACCCAUCUGUCCCGAUGCGAAGAGAUACGCUUCUCGUGUAUCCACAGGGAAACUUUGUCAUUCGUUUCCCAGCUACUAAUCCAGGUGUCUGGCUCUUCCACUGCCAUAUUGAAUGGCACAUGGACACUGGUCUGAUCGCAACGAUGAUUUCUUCACCACUUGAGAUGCAAAAGACUUUGACGAUUCCACAAGAAUUUAAGCGGAUUUGCUCGGAUCAAGGGAUCUCGACUGUUGGCAAUGCAGCUGGCAACACUAAUGACUAUCUGGACUUGAGCGGGCAGAAUUUGAUGGUGCCUCCUCUCCCGGCUGGAUUCACUACGAAAGGCUACGUCGCUAUGGUGUUUAGCUGCGUGGCGGGUGUCCUUGGCCUGGCCUCAAUCACUUUGUAUGGCUCUGCACCCAUUGCAGCCAAGUAA